GUAGAGGGAUUUAUAGGUUUAGUGGAAAUUGCUUUCCCCACUGUCCAGAUUAAAUACUGCAGGAUGAUUUUUUGUAUGAGUAAACAUCCUUUCAAUAACGAUCAGACCGAUAAUGUCUUAAAAAGAGAAACAGGAUCUACGUUUUGCUUUUCUUCUUCUUGUAUGGACUAUUUCUGGAUACAGAACAUUCAGGUAACAUGUUGACUGUCCAUAAAAUGCAUUUUAGCAUCUUCCUGCUGUUGUGGGGAUGGGUUUUAUCCACUGAAUGCAGAGUCCACCGACAAGGAAAAGAAAUACAUGAGGCGUACAAAAAAGGCAGCCGGCCCCAGCGGCAGAGACGGGAAGCCCAUGGCGAGGCGCACAAGCAGGGCAGUAGCCCAAUCCUGAAACGAAGCCCUGACAUCACCAAAUCUCCACUGACGAAGUCAGAACAGCUGCUGAGAAUAGAUGACCAUGACUUCAGCAUGAGACCAGGUUUUGGAGGCCCUGCAAUUCCUGUUGGGGUGGAUGUCCAAGUUGAAAGUCUGGACAGCAUUUCUGAGGUGGAUAUGGACUUCACCAUGACACUUUACCUGAGACACUACUGGAAAGACGAGAGGCUGUCCUUCCCCAGCACCAACAACCAAAGCAUGACGUUUGACGGCCGGCUGGUGAAGAAGAUCUGGGUCCCUGACAUGUUCUUUGUGCACUCCAAGCGCUCCUUCAUCCACGACACCACCACAGACAACGUCAUGCUGCGAGUCCAGCCAGAUGGGAAGGUACUUUAUAGCCUCAGAGUUACAGUAACAGCAAUGUGCAACAUGGAUUUUAGCCGCUUUCCCCUGGACACACAGACAUGUUCCCUGGAGAUUGAAAGCUAUGCCUACACCGAAGAUGACCUCAUGCUCUACUGGAAGAAUGGGAAUGAUUCCCUAAAAACAGAUGAGAGGAUAUCUCUGUCCCAGUUCCUGAUCCAGGAGUUUCACACCACCACAAAGCUCGCCUUUUACAGCAGCACAGGAUGGUACAAUCGCCUCUACAUCAACUUCACCUUGCGCCGGCACAUCUUCUUCUUCUUGCUCCAGACCUACUUCCCUGCCACUCUCAUGGUUAUGCUGUCCUGGGUGUCCUUCUGGAUUGAUCGCCGAGCAGUUCCUGCCAGAGUCCCUUUAGGGAUCACCACUGUGCUGACCAUGUCCACGAUCAUCACGGGGGUGAACGCCUCCAUGCCCCGUGUUUCCUACAUCAAAGCAGUGGACAUUUACCUGUGGGUCAGUUUUGUGUUCGUCUUCCUCUCAGUGCUGGAAUACGCAGCAGUGAAUUACCUGACCACUGUGCAAGAGCGGAAGGAGAGGAAACUCCGGGACAAGCUUCCCUGUACGUGCAGCCUACCUCAGCCCCGGCCCAUGAUGAUGGACGGCAGCUACAACGACGGCGACGUGAGCGAGCUGGGGCACUACGUGUCCGAGAACGGCGACAAGCAAGACAGGAUGAUGGUGCAGCUGGCGCUGGGGUCCGAGAGGGGCUCGGGCAGGAGGAAAAACCAGAGAUACGUCAGCAUGCGGAUUGACACUCAUGCCAUUGACAAGUACUCCAGGAUAAUAUUCCCUGGUGCAUACAUUCUAUUUAAUUUGAUAUACUGGUCGAUUUUUUCAUAAACAUCUGUAACUUCCACAGUCACGGUGUAUUGCGACGGUAUAUGAGGGUACUGUCUCAUAGGCUAACAGAAAGAAAAUAGAGAUUGUUUUAAUUUGAAGGAAGAUUGAUUUUUUCAGGAUUUCAUUUUUUUAUUAGAUGCAACUCAUCUGUGGCAUAAAUAACUGUGCAAGUUUCACAUUUCAAAUAAAUAUAGGAGAUACAAUCUAAAACUUUAUACUUAUUUGAAGCUGUGCUAUGUUCCUUCUUGUGCCUCACAGGCCACUGUAAACUAUUUUAAGAAGUGACAGUAAUUGCCAGCUGCUUAUAUAUGGUGCAACUUCCAUUGUGUGCCCCUGAAAUCCCAAUUCUUUUAGUACUUGAGCACAUGCACACAUCUCUGAACUCAACAGACUUACAACAUUCAAUGCCGAUGAAUACAAAGAAUAUGCAAAUGGUUGCAUGUUUGCAGGAUGAGGUCAGAAACAGCUAUUGCAAACACGAAAUGUCCAGUACUGGGAAACACUUUGGCAAGGCUAUUAAUGGCCAAAGCUUGCUUUCACUGCUUAAUGCAUGUCGUGCUAGCAGUACUGCGCUGACGGAGCCAAGCAGUAGACUCGUGCUGUCUUGAUUGUAUUUAAAACAAAGAACCAUUUUCAAGCGGUUUUGAUUAACCUUUUAAGACAUAACUUGCAAUGUACAUUUCCUAAGGAAUCUCUCAGUCUGAACAAAAGUUGGACUUUCUGUGAUGCCAACCAAAUCCUCCACAGGACCUCUCCAUGGAUCUGCUUAUUCAGGUCAGUGGGAGUUUUGCUCUUGAGUUUCCUGGGAGAGGAAAAAGAUUUCUCUACAAAGUGGUCCAGCGAAGACAACUGGGUGUCUACAAAAAGAAUGAAACUACUGUAGGAGAAGCCACUUCUCUCUGAGAUAGUCCAGGUGCUACAGGUUGGUACAGGAGAGCUCUGUACAGCCCGAGUGCUGAGACAGCGUUGAAGCCUGUGAAGUCUCGUCCCUGCUAAAGAUGUCGGCGAGUGCACUCACUUCCAGGAAAAGCCUAGUCUGUUCGUUUUUAGUAAAAGCACAAUAGAAAGGUGCUCAGCCAGUCACAAAAGCCGGUGUAAGGACUUUAUGUCUGAGUUACUAACAUAGCCAUGUUAGUAGUAGUAACGUUACCGUGCUGAAAGCUUUGGAACGAAGUGAAAAGGGGUCUCCACCAUGAGACACCUGACCCAAGUCCAUCUACCUGACUCUGCUUUCAUGCUGGAUCCUUCUCCCUGCACCUCCCAGCCCUCCAUGCCCUUGGAGGAGGCUCAGUACCUUCCAGGGCAGGAGCAAGAAGACAAGGCUGGAGCUGGGGGCACUCAGCACUGACUUAAGUCCCUGCUUGACAUCACAGUUCCUGCAGAGCAGCCAGCCAGCAUAAAUACUCUGGGUGGAAAAGGCAAAAUCUGUAAUGCAGAAGCAGUAAAACAUUUCAGGAAAUUACUUAAGAAAAAACAAGAAUUGGUUGAAUAUAAUCAGGGGCCUUUAAAAUAGUAGGAGUUUUGAAGGUAUCUCACAGAAAAAUUGGUCUUUCUGUUGGUCUGCUGCUAUGUGUUAUCCACCUACAUCUGCACAGCUAACUGCAGCUGUAGGGGUAACAGGACUUCAAACACAUGCAUGCUUUGCACAAAGGUUACGAAAUUCUGCAGGAACAUGUUCUACAGCAACAACGUUAUCCCUUACACAGCAGAUGCUGUUGUCUUUCAUGCAUGUAGCUGCUCUGAGAAUAAAACGAAAGCAGUAGUGUCUCCAAAAGGAAAGUGAAUCUUCUUACACAAAAUUUGCCCUGGACUAACCGAUCUGCUACUAUAGGCAUUAUACUUGUGACACUGACAUUGCAGCUGUUUGAACGCUGCUGAUUAUUGCUUUAAUUUCAUAUUUAAAUAUUAUUUUUUUUUUGUAAAAAAAAAACAGCAUUUCUUACAACUGCUAAAAAUCAAGAAAUGCAAAAAGUACCUAUGGUAUACUUACAGCCUACACUCCAAUGAAAUCACAAAAAUUACAAUAAUUAAAAGACAAAACCAACCACAAGAUAGCUUUACUACUGAUUCCUAUACAGCUUUUUCUUCACAUAUAGAUACCAUCUUAGCUUCUUUUUGCCAAGUUUCCUUCUUAUUCUCCAGUGAGAUUUUUCGAGAGAUAAUUAAAAAUACUUUUUUUUUUUAUAUAUAUAUUUAAAACCAUAAACAAUUUAAUCAGAUGAAAGUAGAAAGAUCACCAUGGCAAAAGCAUCAGCAGUGGCCACCCUCCUUUAUUCUGAUGGCAACUUAGCCCACAAAUAGCGCCAAGAUUUCUUGGGGACUGCUUGCACAGGAAUGUAUUUAGAUCCUCGGUGUUGUAAGAACCCAUUUGUCUCCACAGUCCUAAGAAUAGCAUGAACAGGAGUGCCAGAUUUUAUAGUAAGCUGUCUAGCUUCACAAGGAACAUAAUGCUGUGUAGUUUGCUGCAGUACUUUACGUUUCUUUAUAGGAUCAUUAACCAACAUCUGACUGGUAUAUUAAUGAAGGUUUUGGACAUACACGUGGGAGCUGGGAUUUCAAAUUCCCUGGCUUUCAGGGGGAGAUUGGCUUCUAACUUCCCAUGGGAUUUUGAAGAUUUCCCUCCUGACAUGUCUUCCUGAACAGAUUCCCCAACCUUCAUGUCUGGAUUUACACUGUUAAUUUACUCGUGUGUUAUUUUGGAAACUCUAGUGCCUUUUCAGUCUUAUAUAAAUGUGUAUAUAGAUGUAUUCUAUAAGAACAGGAUAUGCCAUAUACAGCCAGUGUUUACUAUUAAUGACUGUAAUCAUUAAACAUAACCACAUAUACAGUUUUUGGACUUUUAACCUUCCAGUGUGUGUGGGUUUGUAUCCGAUCGUAAACACUCUGCUCCUUUUCAUUUCUGCAAUAAAUCAGAGUGGUUUGGUUUUCGGUUUAUUUCUAGAACUGCUAAAAUUCACAAUAA